AUGGGUGCCAAGAUCGAUAAGUCUGUAACUUCUGGAAGAGGGCCAUAUACAUACAGAAUCCAUGGUCAAAAUUACCAUCGUUUGGGAUCCCUUUUACCCAUGGAAGGCAAGAUGCCACGAUUUGCUCAGUUAUACAUCUAUGACACUGCAAAUGAAAUUCAAAACCGCUUGAAUGCUUUGUUCCAAAGAGAACAAGAUGAGCAAUUGGAUAUCGAUAUUCUCAGUGGUUUAGUCGAAAUGUUGGACACCUACAAUGAACUUGCAAAGACCUUCCGCAAAGCAAGAGAUAGAUAUGUAGUCGGGGAUUUCAAUGGCAUGAAAAUUCGUUUAAUAGGUCCAAGAAACAGAGGAAAACAAUAUGAGCUACCUACCGGUGAUGAGGUUGCUGGACUUAUAGUUGGAGAGUUGUCACAGACUGCAGCUGAAAGAGAUAUCAUUGUACAUCUUCAGGAUUCAAAUCUUCAGCGUAUUAGCGAAAUGCAUCCACGUCUUAUGGCAUUGCAAUACCCCCUCUUAUUUCCGUAUGGUGAAUCGGGCUAUCAUGAAGGGAUUCAACAUAUUGCCGCCGAGAAUUCAACAGUGAAAAGGACACAUGUUACAAUGCGUGAGUAUUAUGCUUAUCAGCUACAAACGCGGUUAAACGAAGGCAAUACUCUAAUAAGGUCUGGACGUUUAUUCCAACAAUACAUUGUUGAUGCUUACACAGCUAUUGAACAACAACGGUUGCGGUAUAUUCGGAACAAUCAGACAAAACUACGAGCAGAUUUAUAUAGCAAUGUUUGUGAUUUCGUGACAAGAGGGGAGUCUGAUGCAAAGAAGUUAGGAAAAAGAAUAAUUCUUCCCUCAAGUUUUUCUGGAAGCCCUAGAUAUAUGAUCGGGAAAUAUCAGGAUGCGAUGGCAAUUUGUCGAUGGUUUGGAAAUCCAGACCUUUUCAUUACAAUGACGGCAAACCCGAAAUGGCUGGAAAUCAAAGAACACUUAGAGAAUUCGGGAAACACAUCAGCAAAUGACCGACCUGAUAUAGAAUCGCGUGUAUUCAAGAUGAAAUUAGAGGAGCUACUGUCAGACAUCAAAGAUGGAACCUAUUUUGACAAACCAUUAGCAGUGAUCUAUACUAUUGAAUUCCAAAAAAGAGGUCUACCGCACGCCCAUAUCCUCAUCUGGUUAUCUGAAAGAUUUAGAACUCCCACCGCAAGAGAUGUUGAUAUGUUUAUCUCGGCGGAAAUUCCGGAUAAAGCCAAAGACCCCGAAGGUCAUUCUUUGGUUGAAGAACUAAUGAUACACGGGCCAUGUGGAAUUCAAAAUCCUUACUCAUCGUGUAUGGAGAAUGGGUGUUGUUCAAAGAAGUUCCCAAAAUCUUAUUGUGAGCGUACAGUCAUCGAUGAUUCAGGAUACAUCAAGUAUAAACGCAGAAAAGAUGAUAUUAAUUUCGUCAUGAAAGGUCAAGUUCGCCUAGACAACAGCUUUGUAGUGCCACAUAAUCUAUCCUUAUUGAAGAAAUAUAAGGCACAUAUAAACGUCGAAUGGUGCAAUAGGUCAAAAGCGAUAAAGUAUCUUUUCAAGUACAUUACAAAAGGCGUUGACAAAGCGACGAUGGUCAUUGAAAAAGGAGAGACUCUGGGAAACAAUGGAAACAGAGAAGAUCAGGAUCAAGAGAUAGAUGAGGUAAAAAAUUACCUUGAAUGUCGUUAUCUAUCGGCAUGUGAAGCUAUAUGGAGAAUAUUUGGAUUUGACAUUCACUAUCGUGAUCCACCUGUACAAAGGCUAUCAAUUCAUCUGGAAAAUCAACAAAGUUUGAUAUACAAAGAUUCUCAGGACUUAGAAUCUGUAUUGUCCCAACCAAGAGCUAAAAGGACAAUGUUUACUGCAUGGAUGGAAACAAAUACAAAAGAUUCGGAGGCAAAACAAUUGACAUACCUUCAAUUUCCAAGUAAGUUUGUGUGGAAUGAUUGUAAUACAAUCUGGACAAAGCGUAAACAAGGUUUUGCAAUAGGAAGGAUCUUUAAUGUACAUCCAUCAUCAGGGGAACUUUACUAUCUCAGAAUGUUAUUGAAUAUUGUCAAAGGACCUACCAGUUAUGAGGACAUUUUAACUGUCGACGGAGUUGUCCAUGCAACAUAUAAAGCUGCUUGCUAUGCGAGAGGAAUGUUGGACGGAGAUUCAGAGUGGAAGGAAGCUAUAGAUGAAGCCAGUCAAUGGGCUUCUCCAAAGCAAUUGAGACAUCUUUUUGUCACUCUGUUACUUUAUUGUGAGGUAGGAACCCCGGGACAGCUGUGGGAACAUUGUUGGAAUUCCCUAGCAGAAGACAUCCCAUAUCAAAAGCGCACAAGCUUCGGCUAUAAUAACCUGCAAUUUACAGAUCAAACACUCCAAAGUUAUGCUUUGAUGGAGAUUGAGGGAAUAAUGAUGCAAAAUUGCAGAACGCUCGCAGAGUUUCCAGAUAUACCAUUGCCAGACAAAGAGCUCCUCAAACAGAUGAACAAUUCUUUUCUGAGGGAAGAAUUGAACUAUGAUUCUACAGAAGAACAACAAAGAUAUGACAUGUUAUUUAGUUGUUUAAACGAAGAACAACUAAAAGCAUACAAUGGUGUUAUGCAAUCCAUCAAGUCAAAGGAAGGAAAGUUGUUUUUCCUGUAUGGCCCUGGCGGAACUGGUAAAACAUAUUUAUACAACACAAUUAUAGCAAACCUGCGAGCAAACAGACAAAUUGUCAUUCCAGUAGCUUCGUCUGGAAUUGCAGCGUUACUUCUCCAUGGUGGUAGAACAGCACAUUCAAGGUUUAAAGUGCCCAUCAAUGUUCAAGAAAAUUCAAUGUGUGAAAUAAAACAUGGAACAAUGUUAGCAGAAUUGCUGAUUGAAUGUGAGCUAAUCAUAUGGGAUGAAGCUCCAAUGUCCCAUCGAUAUACCUUUGAAGCAUUGGAUCGAACUUUGAGAGAUCUUAUGUCAAUUGCAGAUCCAACAGCUGUGUUCAAAACUUUUGGUGGGAAAACUGUUCUUCUAGGCGGCGAUUUCCGCCAAAUUCUACCUGUUAUUAAACAUGGUACAAGACAAGAUACAGUUUCAGCAGCAAUAAACCGCUCAUACUUGUGGGAUUCUUGCACAGUGUUUGUCUUAGCCCAGAACAUGAGACUUCAUCGAUCAGAGAGAGAUUUUGCAGAAUGGGUUUUAAAAGUAGGAGAUGGAACAAUCCCAAAACGUGCAAAAAACUUGCACCCAAAAGAUGAAUGUGACACAGUUGAAAUCGACAAAAGAUUGGUAAUCAAUGCGGAUGCAGAUACAGUUGAGGAAAUUGCAAAACACACAUAUCCAAACUUUUGUCAAUUAUACAAAGACAAAACGUACCUGAUGGAAAGAGCUGUUCUUACUCCAAGAAAUGAUCAUGUUGAUGAAGUCAACUCAUUCAUGCUUAAUCAUGUGCCAGAAGAAUGUAAGGAAUAUUUGAGUUCAGAUAGCGUGGAAGAUGAAGGAGAAUGCAUCAUUCCAACACUAGCAUUGUAUCCUGUUGAUUUUCUAAACUCACUCACAUCGUCUGGACUGCCCGACCACAAAUUAGUGUUGAAGACAAAUGUUCCAGUAAUGUUGUUAAGAAACAUUAAUCAACAAGAAGGAUUAUGCAAUGGAACUCGAAUGAUUGUUACACGCCUAGGUAACAAAGUGAUCGAGGCAGAGAUUAUCACGGGCAGCCAUGUUGGAAAAAAGGUCUUCAUCCCUAGAAUAAUAAUGAGCCCAAGUGAUACUAAAUGGCCAUUCAAGCUAAAAAGAAGACAAUUUCCUCUUCGAAUAUGCUAUGGGAUGACGAUAAACAAAAGCCAAGGUCAAACAUUGAGAAAAGUGGGAAUAUACCUUCCCAAUCCAGUGUUUAGCCAUGGUCAGUUGUACGUUGCACUUUCAAGGGUCACAUCUUCUGAAGGACUUCGAAUAUUAAACUUGAAAAGCUCCAAUAUUUGUUCAAAUGAAGUGGAGAACAUAGUAUUCAAAGAAAUAUUCAAUAAUCUUUAA